AUGUCUGCCGAGUCGCCCGUCCGACCGUCGCGUCGCGCGGCGCGUAAGACCUUCGUGGUCGAAGAAUCCGACGACGAAUUGAGUUUGGUCCAGGAAGACAACGACGAAGAGUUCACGCCCGCUCCUAAACGGAGCCCACGAAAGUCCACAAGAAGACAGACCACCGGAACCGCGAGCGCAACACCAAAGAGGUCGGCCCGAUCCCGCAAAGUCAAGACCGGAGAAGGCAUCGAGCCAUCGCAAAUAUUCGAUCCGGAAGCAACUGCGGCGCCCAGCGAACCAGCCUCUCCCACCAAGAGCCCGUCUCCGCGGAAGCGAAAGAGCACUGCGCCCCGAAAAGGGCGCCGGUCGUCAGUUACACCCCCUGUGCCGCCAUUACCUGUCCCGAACGCGUCUAGGUCACCCGAACUUGAUCAAGCUCAGGCUACCCCGUUGAAGGACAUCACCAGCAAGGCCUUGAACCAUAAUGAGCGGCCUCAGCUGGAUCAAGAUUUGCUCAAGGCAACGCGGCCGGUUGACAUGGUGUUGGAAAAGCCGAUGGAUAUUGUGAUACGAGCCAGAGCACAGGCGGCGCCGCCUGUGGAGGAGCCGACCGGACCCAAAUCGCGGAUGGUCAUUCGGCAACUGGUGAUGACCAACUUCAAGAGUUAUGCCGGCAGACAGGUGGUCGGCCCCUUCCAUGCCUCAUUUUCCGCGGUGGUAGGGCCGAACGGGUCUGGCAAGUCGAACGUGAUUGACUCGUUGCUUUUUGUCUUUGGGUUUCGAGCCAGCAAGAUGAGACAGGGCAAGAUUUCGGCUCUGAUCCACAAUUCGGCCCAGUAUCAAGAUCUCGAGUAUUGUGAGGUGGAGGUCUACUUCCAAGAAAUCGUCGAUCUACCUGGCGGCAAGCACGAGGUGGUCCCCGACGCACAACUGGUCGUUUCAAGGAAAGCGUUCAAGAACAACUCCAGCAACUACUACCUAAAUGGUCGAACGACUAAUUUCACCACCGUGACGACAUUGCUCAAGGAGAAGGGCAUCGAUCUGGAUCACAAGCGGUUCCUCAUCCUCCAGGGUGAAGUCGAAUCAAUAGCCCAGAUGAAACCGAAAGCCGCCAGUGAACAUGACGACGGGCUGCUGGAGUACCUGGAAGACAUCAUCGGAACCUCCAAAUACAAGACUCCCAUCGAAGAGGCGGCAGUCGAGCUGGAAAGCCUCAAUGAGAUCUGCAUCGAGAAACAAGGGCGAGUUCAACAUGUAGAAAAGGAGAAGAAUAGCCUGGAGGACAAGAAGAACAAAGCGCUGGCGUUCAUCCGCGACGAGAAUGAAUUGGCAGAGAAACAGUCUGCAUUGUAUCAAAUCUACAUUGCCGAGUGCGAGGAUAACGCCAAAGUCACCGAGGAGGCCAUCCAGGAAAUCCAGCAGCAACUCAACGCCGAACUGGAAAAACACGCCGGGAAUGAGGACAAGAUUAAACAGCUUGAAAACGCCUACAGCAAGGCAGUCAAGCAGUAUGGAUGCAUUGAGAAAAAAGCGCAGGAGUUUGCAAAGGAACUGGCCAAGUACGAGAAGGAAAACGUCAAGCUGGAGGAGAAGCGCAAGUUCAUCAGUGGCAAGCAAAAAAAGGCCGAAAAGCUCGCCACUUCAAGCCGACUGACUGCGUCGGAAGCCCAGAGUCUGGUGGAAAAACACACUGACGAUGUGCGGCGCAAGGGGGCUGAGGUGGCGGAGCUUGAGAAGGAAAUGCAGCGGGAAGAGCAAGAGCUCGCCGCGAUCCGAGACAACCUCAAGGGCAAGACGCAGGGGUUUUCCGACCAGAUCGCGGCCAAGCAGAAGGCGUUGGAGCCUUGGAGCGAAAAGAUCAACCAGAAGCAGUCGGCCCUUGCCGUCGCUCAAUCCGAGCUUGACAUUCUGCGGGAGAAGGCGAGCCGUGGCCAGAAGGCCAUUGACCAAGCCAACACCAAGAUCGAGAGCAUCGAAGCCAGCCGGGUCGAGAAGCUCGAGGAGAUGGAGCAACGCAAGCAUGAGAAGGCCCGGCUGGAGAAGGAUGUUAGGAAGAUCCAAGACGCUCUCCAGAAACUGGCCGCCAGCGAACCCGACGCUCGCGCGCACAUUUCGUCGGCUCGACAAAAGGCAGACGAGGCGCGGGCGAGCCUCGCCAGCAGUCAAAACCAGAGCAACGUGCUCAAAGGGCUGCUGCGGCUCAAGGAUUCGGGGCGCAUCGACGGCUUCCACGGCCGCCUGGGGAACUUGGGCGCCAUUGACGAGAAGUACGACGUUGCCAUCUCGACCGCCUGUCCAGGCCUGGAAAACAUGGUGGUCGACAAUGUCGAGGUUGGGCAACAGUGCAUUGAGUAUCUGCGGAAGAACAACCUUGGACGCGCCAACUUCAUUCUGCUGGACAAACUGGCACUACGAGAUCUCGCUCCCAUCCAGACGCCGGAGGAGGUGCCUCGACUGUUUGACCUGAUCAGGCCCAAGGACCUCCGGUUUGCACCGGCAUUCUACAGCGUCAUGCAAAACACCCUGGUGGCACAAGAUCUCCAGCAAGCCAAUCGGAUCGCCUACGGGGCGAAGAGAUGGCGGGUCGUCACUCUGGAUGGGCAGUUGAUUGACGUGUCGGGCACGAUGAGCGGUGGCGGCACCCGUGUGGCCCGGGGGGCCAUGUCGUCGAAGUUGUCCUCUGACACGAGCAAGGAGCAAGUCCAGAAGCUGGAAACCGAACGAGACCAGCUGGAGAGGCAGUUCGAAGCCUUUCAAGCGAGACAGAGAGAGCUCGAGGCGAGCCUGCUCGAGAAGCAGGAAGCAGUCCCCCGACUGGAGACGGUGAUUCAGAAGAUCAACCUGGAGAUUGAGACAAACACCCGAAACCUCGCCGAUGCCCAGAAACGCGUCCAGGAUCUGAUGGCGGAGCUCGCCACCACCUCUGCCGACGAUUCGCAGAUCAAGGCUCUGGAGAAGCAAAUGGCCGGCACGAACAAAGAGCUGGAGAAAUUGCAUUCGGAGACGACGAGCUUGGAGACGGAGAUUCAGGCGCUACAAGACAAGAUCAUGGAAGUCGGCGGGAUCCAGCUUCGAAGCCAAAAGGCGAGGGUGGACGGGUUGAAGGAGCGGAUCGACCUCCUGACCGAAGACAUCUCCCACGCCGAAGUGGCCGUGACGAAGAAUGACAAGCUCAAGGCCAAGAAUGAAAAGGCGAAGGCGGACGCCGAAAGGGAGCUUGAAUCGCUGUCCAAGGACUGUGCCCGACUGGAAGAGGACAUGGCCAAGCACAAAUCCGGCGCGUCUGAAUUGAGGGCCCGGGCCGACGAGACGCAAGAAGCACAAGAGGCCAUGAAGGAAGAACUGGCCGCGUUGAAGAAAGACCUCGACGCCCAGGCCGCGGAACUGAAUUCGACCCGCGCGCUGGAAAUCGAGAUGAAGAACAAACUCGAGGAGAACCAGAAGAUCCUGGCGGAGAACAACAAGAAGAACCGCUACUGGGCCGAAAAGCUGUCGAAGCUGACAUUGCAUGAUUCUGAACCGGCCGCCGACGUCAGACAGGCUCGCCGGCAACUGCAGGCAUUCACGCGUGAUGAGCUCCUCGACAAGUCCAAAGACCACCUGGUGGCAUCCAUCGCCGCGCUCGAAGAAAAAGUGUCGAAUGCCUCGAGUGUCGACCUCUCUGUGAUCGCCGAAUACCGCCGACGGUGCGAAGAAGUGGCCUCCCGCACCUCUGACCUCAAAGGCGCGGUCAAGACGCGCGAUGCUGCCAAAACCCGGCUGACCGAUCUUCGCAACCUUCGCCUGACGCAGUUCAUGACCGGCUUCACCACCAUCUCGUCGCAUUUGAAGUCGAUGUACCAGCUCAUCACGCUCGGCGGCAACGCGGAGCUCGAGCUGGUCGACAGUCUGGACCCCUUCUCCGAAGGGAUUUUGUUUUCGGUCAUGCCGCCCAAGAAGAGCUGGAAGAACAUUGGCAACCUGUCGGGCGGCGAGAAGACGUUGAGUUCGUUGGCGCUGGUCUUUGCCCUGCACGUGUACCGGCCCACGCCGCUGUAUGUCAUGGACGAGAUUGAUGCCGCCUUGGAUUUCCGCAAUGUUUCGAUCGUGGCCGGAUACAUCAAGGAACGGACCAAGAACGCCCAGUUCAUCGUCAUCUCGCUGCGAAACAACAUGUUUGAACUGGCCGAGCGGCUGGUAGGCAUUUACAAGGUCAACCACAUGACCAAGAGCGUCACUGUCGAGAAUCGCGAUUAUCUUGCCAUGGGGCGGCGGCAGCAGCAGCAGCAGCAGCAGCAACAGCCGCAGCGGGAACAACCAACGCAAUAA